CCUCUGUGGGUCUCAGAUCGGGUACUUCCGGUGAGGUUCUAGAGAGUCCGGUCUCUGUGAGGCGGCUGCAGCGGUUGUAAACAGACCUUCCCCAGGGUUCCUAUCCUAAAGUUCCUGAGAGAAGCGGCGUCUGCGAAGCGGUGUCCAUAAUGUUCUCUUUCAACAUGUUCGACCACCCAAUUCCCCGGGUCUUCCAGAACCGCUUCUCCACACAAUACCGCUGCUUCUCUGUGUCCAUGCUCGCAGGGCCUAAUGACAGGUCAGAUGUGGAGAAAGGAGGGAAGAUAAUUAUGCCACCCUCAGCCCUCGAUCAACUCAGCCGACUUAACAUUACCUAUCCCAUGCUGUUCAAACUGACAAAUAAGAAUUCUGACCGCAUGACACACUGCGGUGUGCUGGAAUUCGUGGCUGAUGAGGGCAUCUGUUACCUUCCACACUGGAUGAUGCAGAAUUUGUUGUUGGAGGAAGGGGGACUGGUUCAGGUGGAGAGUGUCAACCUGCAAGUGGCCACCUACUCCAAAUUCCAGCCUCAGAGCCCAGACUUCCUGGAUAUCACCAACCCCAAAGCAGUAUUAGAAAAUGCACUGAGAAACUUUGCCUGUCUGACCACUGGGGAUGUGAUUGCUAUCAACUACAAUGAGAAGAUCUAUGAAUUACGGGUGAUGGAAACCAAACCUGACAAGGCUGUGUCCAUCAUUGAAUGUGACAUGAAUGUGGACUUUGAUGCUCCUCUGGGCUACAAAGAACCCGAAAGACAAGUCCAGCAUGAGGAGUCAACAGAAAAUGAAGCUGACCACAGUGGCUAUGCUGGAGAGCUGGGCUUCCGUGCCUUCUCAGGUUCUGGGAAUAGACUGGAUGGAAAGAAGAAAGGGGUUGAGCCCAGUCCAUCGCCCAUCAAGCCUGGCGACAUUAAAAGAGGAAUUCCUAAUUACGAAUUUAAACUUGGUAAGAUAACUUUCAUCAGAAAUUCACGUCCACUCGUCAAAAAAGUUGAAGAGGAUGAAGCUGGAGGCAGAUUCGUUGCUUUCUCUGGAGAAGGACAGUCAUUGCGGAAAAAGGGAAGAAAGCCUUAAGUCCAGACUGUUGGCUGAUUGGAAAAUAAAGGAAUCAAUUGCAA